CAGCGUGCGCAUACGCGCGGGGGACGGCCACCACACGUUGACCGACGACGAAUGUGCUGGGCGGCACUACGCCAUGAUGUAUCAUGGUAGGAUAAUGAGAGUCUUCUUCGUACUAAUUUCCAUUGGAGUUUUAGAGCCAACUUUAGUCGAAGCUACACAGGGGCAGACAAUAACAUCCAGUUGGCUGGCAAAUCUGCAUGUGUUGGUGAAGAUGUCACCCUGACCUGUGUUGUACUUUCUACGGGAAGACUGACUUGGGUCAUUGGAUCAAGUGAUAAUACUAUUCUCUUCAACCUGGCGGAUGACUCAUCUCUCACAACUCAGACUGACUCCACUGGCCAGUUCACUGCCUCAUCUGACACACUACUCUCGAGACCAGCAGUACUCUUUCCUCGGUGACUUGACUUCAACACUCCACACACGAGUUAACCCCUCCCUCACUGACUAUCCUAUCAAAUUCUCUGCUACAAUGGGAUAAGCAACAAUAUUUCUGUACCAUCAUACAUAAAGAUAGCAGGAUUGCCUUCACCUCCCUGGAACCUGACAUCAUCAGUGGUGUAUGGAAUAUCUCAGUAUUCACUGGUAGUUGGGUGGGAGAGACCACGAGAUGAUGGAGGAGUGGAGAUUGACAACUACACCCUCUCUCUCUACCAGGAGGACCAGACUGUGGUCCAGACAACUACUGAGUCUCUGGAACUACCUCUCUCACUGGACUACUCCACUGUCUACUCCAUCAUCAUCACUGCCAACAACUGUGCUGGCUCCAGCUACCCUGUAUCUCUGACUAGCAUGCAGGCUGGCUGCAGAGCUCCAUCAUCACCAGUCAAUGGUAGUAUUGAGGAGUACAGGAGUACAGAGGAGGGAGCAGAGAUCCAGUUCCACUGUCAUGAUGGAUACACUCCUAAUGAGACGAUGUCAUCUCAAUGUCUCAACUCAUCAUGGUCCCCUCACCCAAUGGACCUGUUGUGUACAAAAUCUCCAUCGAAUCCAAAAACCUUGACAACUUCAGGCCCUCUCCAACCAGCAAUACUACCCCGCCCCCAACCAUUCCCAGUGAAUCCAUUCAACAAAAGCUGGCGGCGGGGCUGGUUUCAGGCCUUCUCUUUGCUAUUGUAUGUGCGUGUAUGGUCAUUAUAGUGGUGUGUCGAUGGAGACGUUUCACGAGGCUAAAAGUGACACACACUGUACACCAGAACACUUACAGUGGUAUGCCCUUGGCACAGUACUCAGUAAUUGAGAGGAGUAAUUUGGGUUCAGAAUCAGAGCUACGUUCAGACCCACCAGUGGGACAGUACUCUGUUGUUCACAGUGGAUCGCCACAGCACGAGACUCACUUUAACACUGCUACACAGAUAACAGGUAAUGGAGCUUCAGUGUCGGGAGUUUCACCACCGAUACCCCAUCACUCACCUGUCCAAACCAAGGUAGUAACAGGUCUGGUGUAUGCCAAGGUGAAUCCUAUGAUCCCAGCUGUCCCACCACCUAAGACCCAGGAUGGACAGAGAGUGGCGUAUGUGACCGUGUGGGCAGAUGCAGUUGUCCCUCCUCUUCCGUCUGACACCAAGAGAAAAGCUGAUGUGAGUGUGAGUUUGGACCAGAUACUCAUUCAGCUGGGAGAGGUGGCCCCAGAUUGGAGGAGACUGGCAGAGUCCCUGGAGAUUGAGGGUGUUGACGACAUUGCUCAAUAUGUGAGCAGUGAGCAUGAUGCAAUGGUGGAAGUAGUGGAUGGAUGGCUGAGGAAGCUCUAUCCCAAAGUGCCCACCUGGAGAGAAAUCGCAGGUGUUGUCGAGGGACUCGGCUACAGUAAUCUUGCUUACUGCCUCAGACAAGUGUAUGUGACUGGUUACCUCCCAAUCGAGGUGUCUAACGCUGUGUCACCGACAGUACCUGUCAGUGCAUCUCCACCUCCCAUUCCUCCUCGUCUCGACCAUGAACCUCUCCCUCCUCACAACGAUCAGCCUUCAUCACCAUGCCUCUCUCUUCGACAGCACCAGCCUUCCCUCCUUCCUACAAUGUGGACCAACCAUCACACCCACUAGAGAACGACAACGAUGAACUACCUCCUCCUCUACCAGCUAAGCAGUGUUUCCUCUCAAUCGAGGUGUCUAACGCUGUGUCACCGACAGUACCUGUCAGUGCAUCUCCACCUCCCCUUCCUCCUCGUCUCGACCAUGAACCUCUCCCUCCUCACGACGAUCAGCCUUCAUCACCAUGCCUCUCUCUUCGACAGGACCAGCCCUUCCCUCCUUCCUACAAUGUGGACCAGCCAUCACACCCACUAGAGAAUGACAAUGAUGAACUACCUCCUCCUCUACCAGCUAAGCUUGGCAGGUUCAGACUAACACAUUAGAUAUUCCACACAAAGACAAAGGGACUGACAGGGUUUUGAACUUGUAUCACAUCAUCACAGUGGUUCAUUUUUUCAAAUGCAAUUUCAACCUAUACAUUGCCACUUCUUUUUCCUGGAAAUUCAAGGUCCUCUCUGUCUACCCUGUCCAGAAUUGUACAUUUUAGUCUUCUCUGAUGUCGAUUGAUUAUGACAGUUGAAGGACAGUGUAGCUGAUGCUG